UCUCGCGAGAGAGGACGGAAGCCUGUGGGAGCCCGUGGCCUUUAAAGUGCGGUUCAGCCCUUUCCUCCCGGGGUAGUUUGUAAACACGGCUGAGCUCGGGCCUCCCUGGCGACCGAGAGAAGCAUGAACUAGUGUCCUGGAAAGGGAGACUCAGAUGGAAACUUGAGAAGCACUGCUUGCUUGAUUAGAGCUAAGGGAUUCCUGGCAGCACUGAAUAAAGCUCAUGGCCCACCAGUUAGAAAGUAUCCUUGCCAUGAAAAAGAGGACGUGAUAAGUUGUUCAACUUAAUGAAAUUCAAGUUACAUGUGAAUUCUGCCAGGCAGUACAAGGACCUGUGGAAUAUGAGUGAUGACAAACCCUUUCUAUGCACUGCCCCUGGAUGUGGCCAGCGUUUUACCAACGAGGAUCAUUUGGCUGUCCAUAAACAUAAACAUGAGAUGACACUGAAAUUUGGUCCAGCACGUAAUGACAGUGUCAUUGUGGCUGAUCAGACCCCAACACCAACAAGAUUCUUGAAAAACUGUGAAGAAGUGGGUUUGUUUAAUGAGUUGGCAAGUCCAUUUGAGAAUGAAUUCAAGAAAGCCUCAGAAGACGACAUUAAAAAAAUGCCUCUAGAUUUAUCCCCUCUUGCAACACCCAUCAUAAGAAGCAAAAUUGAGGAGCCCUCUGUUGUAGAAACAACUCACCAGGAUAGUCCUUUACCUCACCCAGAGUCUACCACCAGUGAUGAAAAGGAGGUACCAUUGGCACAAACUGCACAGCCCACAUCAGCUAUUGUUCGUCCAGCAUCAUUACAAGUUCCCAAUGUGCUGCUUACAAGUUCUGACUCAAGUGUAAUUAUUCAGCAAGCAGUACCUUCACCAACGUCAAGUACUGUAAUCACCCAGGCACCAUCCUCUAACAGGCCAAUUGUUCCUGUACCAGGCCCAUUUCCUCUUCUAUUGCAUCUUCCUAAUGGACAGACCAUGCCUGUUGCUAUUCCUGCAUCAAUUACGAGUUCUAAUGUGCAUGUUCCAGCUGCAGUCCCACUUGUUCGACCAGUCACCAUGGUGCCUAGUGUUCCAGGAAUUCCAGGUCCUUCCUCCCCUCAACCAGUACAGUCAGAAGCAAAAAUGAGAUUAAAAGCUGCUUUGACCCAGCAACAUCCUCCAGUUACCAAUGGUGAUACUGUCAAAGGUCAUGGUAGCGGAUUGGUUAGAACUCAGUCAGAGGAAUCUCGACCACAGUCAUUACAACAGCCAGCUACAUCCACUACAGAAACUCCGGCUUCUCCAGCUCACACAACUCCACAGACCCAAAAUACAAGUGGUCGUAGAAGAAGAGCAGCUAAUGAAGAUCCUGAUGAAAAAAGGAGGAAAUUUCUAGAGCGAAAUAGAGCAGCAGCUUCACGAUGCCGACAAAAAAGGAAAGUCUGGGUUCAGUCUUUAGAGAAGAAGGCAGAAGACUUGAGUUCAUUAAAUGGUCAACUGCAGAGUGAAGUCACCCUGCUGAGAAAUGAAGUGGCACAGCUGAAACAGCUUCUUCUGGCUCAUAAAGAUUGCCCUGUAACCGCCAUGCAGAAGAAAUCUGGCUAUCAUAAUAAUCUCUUGGAUAAUCCCAGCAGUUUUAGCUCUAUAAUCAAGGCAGCAUAUGCUCAGCAAAGGCAAGCCAAUUUUUCAUUUUAAGCAAUAAUUUAUAAAGAUGUGUUUAUGAAGAUUAUAGAUGUAUGGGUUUAUAUGCCAUACAUACCCUUAAAUAAACUGAAAGUCUAGAUUAAUACGUUUUUAGGGAAUAUGUAUUAUGCUAGGUUGUAUAGACUGUAAGAAAUGAAUAAGACAUUUUUGAUGUUUGGAGUUAUUCCUACCUUUUUUUCUGUCUAGUCAUCUAGAUAAUCAAAUAGACUGAAGUAAAAAUUUAGUUUUAGCAUAAAAUUAGUUCUCUUCAGCUCUUGGGAGAUAAUUGGGUUUUAUAGAAAUUUUAAAGUAAUUUCUCUUUUCACACUUGAAGUCUUAGGAAAAAAUGUGACUUCUCUGUUGUCUGGUAGUCAAGGUAGAUAGAUAGAUUGACUAAGUGAAUAUUUAAAUCUUAGAGAAAAUGUGGGGAAAUUCACAGAUACCUAACACUGUUCAUGUUGUAGCACACAGCUAUUGCUAAUGGUGGUGGACUGUAAUAGUUAACACUUCCAAAACAUUUGUGAAAUUAAGGUUUAAUAGAAAUUAAGGAAUAUUACAAAAUCUUUUCAGGUAGAGGUGACAGUAUAAAAGCACACACCAUAGGGUCUCAGUUCUAAGGCUCGAAGUCCCCACCUUGUAGAAUGAAACCCCUCAGUCAUGGGAAAACCCUGACAGUUGGGGUCACAUUAGCAAUCAAAUAGUAUAAACCAUGAAUGAAAAUAUGAAUACAUUUUUAAUGUUUGGAUUCUAUGAAGAAUAAAGCACAAGAGUGAUCUUAUUACCAUUAAUUCAUAUUUUCUAGAUCUCUGGGCAUAAUUAAAAUGGUAUUUUGUUUGUUUCUAUAAUCUUAAGUGGGAAGGAAAGCUUCUUGGGCCCUAAAUGUAAUUGAGAGCUUAUAUUUUCAUUAAUGAAAGUAUGUAUGAACAUAGGUAGAAAACUUCAUAGUGUGAAUUGUCAAAUAGCUGGGGGUUUUGUAGCUUUAGGGCUGAAAAUGGCUCUUGGAGUGCAGUAAGAUCUCAUAUCUUUUGAGUGCUUAUGAUUAUACUAAUGAUUUUUCUCUCCUGACCUUCUAGAAGUAGUGGACAUAGGUACAGGUAUAUCACAUUAUAAAGAUAUUGUAUGUAUAUAUAAAAUUUAUAAUUAUGUCAUUUAUAAGUGAGUACCUGAUGCUUUGUACAGCCUAAGGAUUUGCUUUACCUAAUUUGAAUGUCUGGAGAUAGGCACUUGUCCUUACAAUUUACUGUUUCAUUUGGAGUCCUUGCCUCCACUGUAUAUUUAAAUUUCCUUAUACCUCUCAUCACAGAUCGGCCUCUUUAUUUUUGAGAGCAGGUGUUCCCUAGAACUUAACACUGAGAGAAAGGUCAGUGUUCCUGUUGAAGAAGAGUGGUGCACAAAAGAGAACUCUUUAGUAUUCUUUUCAGUUAAAGUGUCAUUGCCCGGGUUUGGGUUUCUUUGAACACGUAAUUGUUGUAUGGGCUGUUUAACUGAAUUAUAAAUAUUUUAUAACAUUUGUUAUUGCUUCAUCAGAAAAGUAUCCUUUCUGCUUUAUAUAAUUUUAAAAGGAUUAUUGAUUGUGAUUUUUUAUUGUAUCUUGAGGUCAAAUUUUUAUCUUGAGGUGUGAUUUUGCAUUUAUAGCAGAUUUAUAGAGAAGAUGGGAUUCUAAUACAUUUUAAAAACUGCUUUACAAAAAUGCAUGGAUUUGAGGCAAACUUGUCAAAAUUCUGUAAGUACUGUAUUUCAGAAAACUCUCAAAAUGAGGAAUUUUAUUUAAAUUGAAGUCAAGCUGGCCAAGUUCCUCCCCUUGUCCUCUGCAUCACAAAUCAUAGGAUGAGUCCUGCUUUAAGGGUCCACAGUCUUUUAAUAAUUGAUUUUCAUUAGUAAGCGGGCCAGUUUGCAUUGUGAGAUUUGAUAGAAAGCCUGCUUGUUACUUUUAAGCACUAAAUAAAAAUUAUUUUAAUGCCAAGGGAAAAGUAUAAAAACACAUCAGUAUGAUACUGUUUUCAGGAUGUUCGAAGAUAAACAAAGCUAAUAGUACAGGGAGGCAUACCCAUUUGGUAAAGCUUCAAACAAAAAACAAGGGAAUGGUUAAAGAACUAUCGGAAUGCUGAUUACCUUUGAUGAGGAGAUGAGCCUCCAGGAAGCAUCGUUGUUAUUGGCAGUGUUCUCUUAAGUUUGGGACGGGGUUCACAGUUAUUGGUUCAUGUUAUCAUUGUAUCUCCUGAGUUACAUAUGCUAUAAAUGCUUGUGUGUUGUGCAUAUCAAAUUUUUCACUAAAUGAAGUAGCUGGAUUACAUCCUGUUAAAAUGAGAAAGGUGUAGGAGAUUCAUUGUUCAAGCCUUAAAGUUGGUAGCUUUUCAUAAAUACUUAGAAAGCCCCUUUCUGAAUAUCUUUUCCAUUGCAGUGUCUAGAGUUUUAUAUAAUUUUUUAUUUGAACCCCAAUUAAUUCAUGCAGCUAUAACAGCUGGUGGCAUUUAGAUUCUAAAUAUUGCUUAUUCUCAUGUGGAUGCAUCAUUAGAAUCAGGUGUUGUAAUCACCCAUUGCUGCAGUAGAUGGAAAGUCAGCCAGAAUAAAUAUAGUUCUGGAGAAUGCAGAGGGAAUAAUUGGAAAAUAUAAUUUGUAUGUAAGAAUUCAUUUUGUUUAUGCAUGUGGUUGUAAAUUUUUUUUAUCUUUUAAUAAGAAUGGCAUGUAGGCAAAGACACAGGUUUUGUUAAAUGUGUUACUUGAUAAGUGUUUGAUCAUAUCUGUAAGGACAAGGCUAUUUCCCAAAUUCCUACCUGAUUUUCUUAACACUAUUUAGCAAAUAUUUCAGCUCUGUUCUGUGAGGCACUGGGCACGCACGUGCUUCCCUGUGCCUGGUUGUACCUUCAUUUGACCUGUUGUGGUGAAAUUGCCUACUUCAGACUUACAGGCACCUUUCGCUUACUCAGGCCCAGUCAUAGCAACUUAGCUCAAUAAGCGACUUUGUAAAAGCCUAACUUUUCACUCUGUAUACUGACAGAGACUGACACAUUCUUAGAGAGAUGUCUUUAAGAAACAGUAACUUUUCUUUUU